UUUGGGAGGGUUCUGCCAAAGUGCCACGUUGGGCCGGGCAGCAGGCGUGAGGAGCCGGCUCCCGGCGCCACCCGGGGCGCGCUCGCUAGGGCGCCGGCCUUUGGGCGGCGCGGGAUAGCGGCGAGAGCUGCUGCGGGACCUGCGUGUCCCGCCCCAGGGUGGCUCUGGCUGAGGGCGGCGGGGCCGGGGGAGAGCCCGGGGCAGCGGCCGAAACGGCAGGGCGGCGGCAGAGCCCGCUGCCCCCGGACGUCCCCGGCGACAUGCUGGCAGAUAACCUAGUGGAGGAGUUCGAGAUGGAGGAUGAGCCGUGGUACGACCACCGGGACCUCCAGCAAGAUCUCCAGCUUGCUGCUGAACUUGGAAAGACGCUACUGGAUCGGAACACAGAGUUGGAAGAUUCUCUUCAGCAGAUGUACACAACCAAUCAGGAGCAGUUACAGGAAAUCGAGUACCUGACCAAGCAGGUGGAGCUUCUACGGCAAAUGAAUGAGCAGCAUGCGAAAGUUUAUGAGCAGUUAGAUGUCACAGCAAGAGAACUGGAAGAAACCAACCAGAAGCUAGUUGCUGAGAGCAAGGCCUCACAGCAGAAAAUCCUCAGCGACCGGCUUCUGCUUUAUUCAUAGCCUGACAGAAACAAUUGAAUGCCUGCAAACCAACAUUGAUCACCUGCAGAGCCAAGUGGAGGAGCUGAAGUCUUCCAGCCAAGGAAGAGGGAGGCAGAAGGCAUGUGACCAGGAGAAACCAGCACCCAGCUUCUCCUGUCUGAAAGAGCUGUAUGACCUCCGCCAACACUUUGUGUAUGACCACGUGUUCGCUGAGAAGAUCACUUCCUUGCAGAGCCAACAGAGCCCUGAUGAAGAAGAAAAUGAGCACCUGAAAAAGGCAGUGACGAUGUUGCAGGCCCAGCUAAGUCUAGAGAGGAAGAAGCGAGUGAGCGUGGAGGCAGAGUAUAAAGUGGUGCUGAAGGAGAACAGUGAGCUGGAGCAGCAGCUGGGGGCCACAGAUGCCUACCGAGCCCGGGCCCUGGAGUUGGAGGCAGAGGUGGCUGAGAUGCGGCAGAUGCUGCAGGCAGAGCAUCCUUUUGUGAAUGGUGUGGAGAAGCUGGUGCCCGACUCUCUGUUUGUUCCUUUCAAGGAGCCUAGCCAGAGUCUGCUGGAGGAAAUGUUCCUGGCUGCUCCAGAAGCACCUAGAAAACCACUCAAACGAAGCAGCAGUGAGACGGCGCUCAGCAGUUUGGCAGGGGAUGACAUCGUGAAGGACCAUGAGGACACUUGCAUCAGGAGGGCUAAGGCUGUGAAGCAGAGGGGCAUCUCCCUUCUGCAUGAAGUGGACACUCAGUACAGUGCCCUGAAAGUGAAGUAUGAAGAGCUACUGAAGAAGUGCCAGCAGGAGCAGGACUCACUGUCACACAAGGCUGUGCAGACCUCUAGACUACUGACUAGGGACCUGACAGGACUGGUCACGCAGUCUGAGGCGGGGGCCAGUGGCUGGGAACCCACCCCUGUAAGCCCAGAGUCCAUCAGUUCCCCCACCACUACACCUCCAGAAUACAAAGCACUAUUUAAGGAGAUAUUUAGUUGCAUCAAGAAAACAAAGCAGGAAAUAGAUGAACAGAGAACAAAAUACCCUUCUCUCUCCUCUUACUCGUACUGAGACUCCAGUUGUAACUGCUUGUUUUCGCUCACUUGCCUCCCCUUCAGACAUGUAAGUGCAGUCUCCAAAGCUUGACGUUGCUAAUGACACCUGCCUCGUUGCUUUGCUUAGUUGGCAAAAGCAGGAAAAGAGGUGACAGAGAAUGUUGACUCCAAGGUCCCUAGGAAAUCUCACGAUACACUGGCCGCUGGUUGGUACACUGAUUUCCAGGAAAAGCCCCAGAAGCAGUAGAGGGAGAGCCAUGUACUUGGGAGUAGGCUGAAGUACCUAACAGUGUAGGGUAAAGAACAGAAUUGGAACAGAACUAAGGCUGUUGCUUUCAUAGCAUCUCAGACUACUUGGAACUCCAAGGACUGCCUAACUAAAGUACUUUCACAAACACUAACAUUCAGAAGGAUGUUGAGAAAGCAAGAUCUAAUCUGAAAUGGAUGACAUUAACAAGCUCCUUAAGCCCCUGAAGUUUUAUUGCAUCUGCUAGCACUUGAAUGCUGACUGACAGGCAGAUCCUGAUAUAUCCAAAUUCGAAUUAAUACCAUUUGAAAUGGCAAGUCUUGGCUUAACGCCUGUUUGUAUGCCCAGCAUUCAGCUGUUUUACUCAAAGCUAGGCAUGUCAUAGUAAUUGUCUUUUCAGAUGGAAACUAGAGAACUCUCCUAGGUGUGAUCUGCACUGGCCACUUGGCAGGCACAAGCUGCUUCCUUCCCCUCAGGUCUUAACCCUUCCCAGACCUGCAGCGAUUCCUGUCGACUCCCUUACACAGUAUUGAUCUUCUGACUGUGGAAACAACCUUCCUCUCACUUUCACACCUUUAAUUUAAAUCUAUUUAAGAGAACCAUGGUUCUGAUUGUUGUGUAUAUUUUUCUAAAGGCUGAAUAAAGCUAUCUAUGAAUGUGAA